CCACGCGCUGCUUGCUUUACUACAUUCCCAUUUUCCCUAUCGACCAUCGUCUCCUGUUCUAUCUUGUGUCUUCCUCAAAUCCAUGUUUGUGUCGUGUCGUGCUGGUUCAAUCUCUGUGUUGAUUUUCAUUCGAUCUGCCAUUUCUGUUCACGAGUUUUGCCAGCUACAGGUAACGGAGUGAAACUUGUAAUCGAUACUUUCAUCUUCUUUAGCAUCAACCAGGGGUCUUUUCCAAAAUGCUCCCUAUGCGUCAACAGUCACAGGUUGGAGGGCUACAGACAUCACUGUCUCUAGUUCCUUCGGAUCCUCACCUCUCUCCUGAUGAACCUAGAUCAAACUCUGACCGUGAAUCACCGACUGAAAGUGCCAGUUCUCAAGAAACUUGGCCUACAGCUGAUGCCCCUGCAGCGAAGAAGGUGGAGAAUGGAAAAGCAGAGAUUAAUUGCAUUGAACAGUCAGUUAUUCGUCGUGUUUCUAGCGCAGACAAAAUUACUCUCCAGGACAUUGCAAGAGAAAGUGUUGAUAUAAUCUGUGAAAAAAUGCAUCGCCUUCCUGAGGAAUUUCUAGAAGAGAUGAAAAAUGGACUUCGUCUUAUCCUUGAGGGAGGUAAUGGUUCACAACAUAGAGAGGAAUUUUUCAUUUUGCAGAAACUUGUGCAGAGUAGAACUGAUUUGACACCCAGGACACUGGUUAGAGCCCAUCGUGUGCAGAUUGAAAUCCUUGCUGCAAUAAAUACUGGAAUUCAGGGUUUUCUGCAUCCUAGCAUCAGUCUAUCACAGACUUCCCUGAUAGAAAUCUUUGGGUAUAAGAGAUGCAGAAACAUAGCAUGCCAAAACCAGCUUCCGGCCGAUGAUUGUACCUGUGAAAUAUGCACCAACAACAAUGGUUUCUGCAAUCUUUGCAUGUGUGUGGUCUGCAACAAGUUUGACUUUGAAGUGAAUACAUGCCGCUGGAUUGGAUGUGAUUUGUGUUCUCAUUGGACUCACACAGAUUGUGCCAUUCGUGAGCAACUUAUUUGCAUGGGCCCUUCCGUGAAGAGCGGAGCAGGACCGAGUGAAAUGGUUUUUAGGUGUCAAGCAUGCAAUAGGACGUCGGAACUGUUAGGUUGGGUUAAAGACGUCUUCCAGCAUUGUGCGCCAUCUUGGGAUGGAGAGGCCUUCGUGAGGGAACUUGAUUAUGUAAGUAAGAUCUUCCAUGUUAGUAAAGACCCCCGAGGGAGGAAGCUAUAUUGGAAGUGUGACGAUCUCAAGGAGAAAUUAAGAAGCAGAAAAAUGGACUCAAAGGCCGCUUGCAGGGCAAUAUUGAUGCUUUUCCAAGAGCUUGAGGUGGACUCUCCGAAAGGCCUUGAAAAUGGAGAAAGUGGAAGGGUGGUUGCUCCACAGGAUGCCUGCAACAGAAUUGCGGAAGUGGUUCAGGAGGCUAUAAGAAAGAUGGAAAUGGUAGCUGAUGAGAAGAUGAGAAUGUUCAAGAAGGCUCGCUUGGCUCUCGAUGCUUGUGAUCGUGAACUAGCAGACAAGGCCAGGGAAGUGGCAGAACUAAAGAUGGAAAGGCAGAAAAAGAAGUCGCAGGUAGAAGAACUCGAGAAAAUUGUGAGGCUUAAAAAUGCAGAGGCUGACAUGUUCCAAUUGAAGGCUAACGAGGCUAAAAGAGAAGCUGAGAGACUUCAGAGGAUCGCCCUUGCCAAGCAAGAUAAGUCAGAGGAAGAAUUUACCAGCAACUACCUGAAACAACGUUUAAAUGAGGCUGAGGCUGAGAAGCAAUAUCUGUAUGAGAAAAUAAAAUUGCAGGAGAGUUCUCGUGUUUCACAUAGUGGUGGUGGUGGUGGUGGUAGCAGCGGCGGUGAUCCCUCUCAAAUACUGAUGUAUUCCAAAAUUCAUGAUCUGCUGUACAAUGUUCCUCCUAAGGCUGACAGUCAAGCUAAUUUACGCCACCCUUUCCGGACAAAUCCCUGAGUGCUCAUCGUUUGUAAUCAUUUUCCAUACUAUGGCAAUGUCUUUAACAACUUAGGAAGUGACAGCCUAUCCCAUUGGAGUUGUGAGACAGUUUUAUUUAUCAGCUGUUGUACAUGGAAGAGAAAUCUGUUUGAAACUAGACUAGUUGUAAGCAUUAGGAUGCUUUGAUUGUAAGGAAAUGUUGAGUGUUGCAGAAUUUGUGGGUACUAGUAAGUUAUGUUAGAUGGUUGACGGUGUGAUAACCUUUUGUCUUGUAAUAUGUUUAUAUAUUAUAUUGGAACUUGACCGUUGCUUUGUC